GUUUAUUGGAAUUCGGGAAAGCUCUAUUGCAUUUCUAUCCAUGGAAAGAUGUCAACGACAUGACAUAUUACAGGCGCUGUGAGUAAAGCAAGAGUAUAUUUCAACAUUGUUUCUCCAUAUUUGUUUUUUUGGUCAGCAACGAAUGCUUAUCUGGUUAGAUUAUCCGAAUUAAUGGGGGAAAAUUAUAAUGGAUUAUACAGGUUGGGAUUUCAGAACGUGGCCAUUGGCCGUAUAUCAAUUGAGUUUGAGUAAAAGAAAACUAACGCACGGGCGUUUUCGCCAGAAUAACAAAAUCUAAUAUUGGCCGUAAUAAGGAGGUAACCGUAAGGCUAACCUGCGAUCAGGCUUUUUCUUUUUCUUGUUGUUGUUUUUUUUUUUGAAAAGGGAGAAGGAAAGGAGAGGUAGGGAGAGAGGGUAUGAUCGCAGGUUACCGUAAGGUGAGCUUCCACAGUAAUUACAUGCCAGUCACACGGGAAAACUGUCAAACAAAUUUUGGAGCACUCAUCCAUUACCUGCUUAGUGUUUAAAGCCAUCAGAACCUUCACCUUAAACGGGGUGCAUUAUAAUCCUUUCGUAGGCUGGUAACUGCACUGAGCAGUAGCCUUGUGUACUCUUGGGGUACCUGUUUUUCUCUUCACAGGGAAGCCAUGUGUCUCACUGCUUUUCUCAUCGCUCUUGGUGUCGCCGUUGUCACCCAUGCUACUGAGGAUGUGGCCACGGCCAAAGGUCUUAGAUUUGUAGGUGUCGGCUAUAAUAUUCUGAAAGGAAAUCCUGACGCCGGCGAAUUGGCACACGGUGGUGUCGACCCAGGACUGCUCGCCGAUAGAAAAAUAUUCAAACUGACAUGGGAUAGAAAUAAAACUUCUGUUGAUGGACUGUACCGAGUACCAGACCAGGUCAUCUUUGUUCAUCGCUCAUCCUGCGUCGAAACUACCACAAACGAAGUAUUUUCCGGGACCAAGUCUUAUCAAGAUAAACUUAAGGUUGAUGUGGAAGCCAGCGCUGAUUACGACGCAGGAUUAUGGAGUGUUGCCUUCAGUCUCAGUGCAAGUUAUGAGAAGAUGGAAAAAGAGACAUCAAAUAAUCACAAAGUCUUUUUUGAAAAAAAGAAAGUCUGCAAUAAUGGGGCAGCUCGAUAUCAACUGGAUUUAGCUCGGGUUGAGAAGUAUUCGGUCACAAAAGACUUCGCAGCUUCUGUGUGUCGCUUACCCGAAGAGUACGAUCAAGGAGGUUAUCGCAGAUUCAUUGACAACUGGGGAACGAUAGCAUCAUCGUUGUCAGCGUCCGGUGGGUUCGGCGGAUUCAGUGCCUCUUUGAAAGUUGAUAUAACUAAGUUCAAGGAAUCCACCACAGAUACGAGUAAGUUUACCGAGAACACGGUGGAAUUCACAUCUGGAGGAGCAGACAUGCCUGAACCCAUUAAAUUAACGCUGAUGCCUAUUGACAACGCUGUUGAAGACAGUUUCUUCAGCGUCCUUGACCAGCAAUAUCGAUGUGAAAAUUUGGCACAGCGAAAAGACAACUUGAAAAGGAUCUUGCGGGAAUACCCACAGAUAAAAGAUGUUUCUGAACCUCAAGAUCCUGAGGUGCGCAUUCCUCUUACUUGGCCUUUCGGUACCUAUGGUCUCCCCAUGACAAAGUCAGGAUGUCCAGAUGGAGACUUUUGGCACGAGGGGACUCGUUACCAAGACACCGAGGAUGAGGAUCCAAACAACCAUUGGUCUGAUCCUUAUGAUUUAGCAGGAGGAGUCACUAAAUCAAACAUGGAACAAAAGUUUUGCAUGAAGACACUGAGCAAAACUUCUAAGUACGAUCUCCCUUGGCCCAAAGGACAAUACUGCAUCUACAAAAAAGGACAUUGCCCUGAAGGUUUCGGGAACGGAUACGUUCAGUGGGACGACGAAGAUGACGAUAACAAAAACAGUGUCGCCGGUCAGCUACCAGACGGCGUUUAUGGCAGGAACACAAAAAUCUUUUUCUGCUGUCGGGAUGAUGGAUACGCUACUAAUGUCAUUAAUCUUCCCACUGACACGCCCUUCGUUUUUCUCAAGUCAGAUAGCCAUCUAUGUCAGAUUGUCAAUGGUACUAAAACGAGAGAAGAAUUCUUCCGUUGGGACAAUGAAGAUGACUCAGGCUAUAUUACUGAGUUUAAAAGAAAACACCCCUUUUUGGAGUACAGCAAUAAUAAUCUUAAAAUCCACUACUGUUAUUACCAUAAAUAGUCAUAAAAAUAUAACGUUUGCUCAUACAUGUUAUCUCGUGAAAUGUAAACUGAGAAAUUAAUAUACUGGAUAUUAGAGGUUGUCACCCAUUAAAUCCACCUGCCGAGUAAGAAUAUUAAAAAUAAAAGUGCAAAUCAAAUUGCGGAAGGUGCAGGCUUAUUUGAUUUUAUCGCCAUUGUCCUUUAGGAGGGCAUUCAGUAAUUUCGGACGUUCGUACCCAUUAUAUUGUUUCCGUGCAUCCUAACUACGCACGUAAUUCACCUUGCAACGUCACGCCAAGUCAUACAUCAGGCGCGUGUGCUAAGAAAAAGUAUAAGCAAGAACAGGGCCUGGUACCGGUUGCGUUAACUUCACCCGCAGUUUAAUCUUCUCUUUUCUUUUCAUAGAUCAUUUCUUUUCUGAUUUUCUCCUUUUUAGCAAAAAAUAUAUAUACCUGAUCUUUUGAAAACCAGGUCCGAACAGCCCAAUGACACCUAGUGCCUAAUAGAGUCAUGCAAGCAGUGCUUACCAAGUUCCGUACUCCACACUUCAUCUAGUGCAAAAAGGAAAUGACACUAGAAUCUCUGGGCCACCUGUGGAUGAAUUUAGGCUUAACUGUCAUCACAUCAGAUAAAAGCUCUUUGCAAGCAUAACCUAAUGACAGCAAACUAAAGUGCCUUGAAAUCUCCCCCUCCCCCCCGGGGUUCAGGUACCACUUCGCACAUAUCAGCCCCCUUCACGACAAUAAUGCAACCUUCUGCCAAGGCAAUAAACCCACUCAGCUCUGGGAAAUUCCAUGCACUUUAAGGAUUAUGUCACGUUGGACAGCUAAGUACAUACCCUGAACUCCACUCAGCAGCUGUCAGAGUGACUUGAGACUAUGGACACAAGUUUAAACCGACCCCUUCCCCCUGGAUUAAGGGCCAGGGACCCCAAAGAGGUAUCCACAAUUAGCCCCACUCCUGUAGAUG